AAGAAGUUAAUAACCGGAAGUAUCGAACCGGAAGUCCAGUGUUGUUACCUGUAGAGAGAAUAUGGAAGUGUGUGUGAACGCGCCGCGGCUCCGCUGUAACGCGCAGUUUCCGGUCGGUUCUGUGGUGAAAGAUGUUCUGACCCGGUUCGUCCAGCAGCAGUUGGGAUCCCCUGAGGAUUUCUACAUCCUCAGAAACGGUCGAGUGUCCGAUGUGGAGGAUCCAUUGCAACAUGGAGCCGUCUAUCACCUGCAGCCCCGUCUGUGUGGAGGGAAGGGAGGGUUCGGUUCGAUGCUGCGAGCCCUCGGCGCUCAGAUCGAAAAGACCACGAACCGCGAAGCCUGCAGAGACCUGAGCGGACGACGUCUCCGAGACGUGAACCACGAGAAGGAGAUGGCGGAGUGGCUGAAGAAGCAGGCGGAGCGUGAGGCGGAGAAGGAGCAGCGCCGGCUGGACCGUCUGCAGAGGAAACUGUCUGAACCCAAACAUCACUUCACUGAUCCUCAGUAUCAGCAGCAGUGUCAUGACCUGUCGGAGCGCCUGGAGGACUCCGUGCUCCUAGGUCUCCAGGCGUCGUCCAGCGGACACGUGAAGGUGGAGGACGUCUCGGCCACAAAGAGAUCAAACUGUGAUCAGAGCGAGCAGCCGCCGCAGAAGAAGAAGAAGAAGAAGAUGGCUUCAGCGUGUUUCUGGACGGGGGUGGGGGAGCUGGACGAGCUGCUGAGCUCAGAGGACGAAGACGAUGAGGGGGCGUCGUCCUCCUCCAGCUGUGGAGCCGUUACCACAACGAUGCAGAGAGAGGGGGUGGAGCCUGAGCAGAGCAGCAGCUCGUCCUCCACCUCAUCCUCUGCUCGCCAAACCAUUAGAGCCUCAGAGAACCAGGAACCACCAGAGACCAGACCCUCAGAGAACCAGGAACCACCAGAGACCAGACCCUCAGAGAACCAGGAACCACCAGAGACCAGACCCUCAGAGAACCAGGAACCACCAGAGACCAGACCCUCAGGGAACCAGGAACCACCAGAGACCAAGGCCUCAGAGAACCAGGAACCACCAGAGACCAGAGCUUCAGAGAACCAGGAACCACCAGAGACCAGAGCUUCAGAGAACCAGGAACCACCAGAGACCAGAGCUUCAGAGAUCCAGGAACCACCAGAGACCAGAGCUUCAGAGAACCAGGAACCUAGGCCACAGCGGCAGCCUCUGGAUCUGUCCUCGGUGUCCUCCGUCGAUCAGCUGGAGUCUCUGGGUCUGGACGUCCUGAAGGAGGAACUAAUGUCUCGGGGGUUGAAGUGUGGGGGGGCGCUGUCGGAGCGCGCCGCCCGACUCUUCUGCGUCAGGGGGCUGACCCCAGAUCAGAUCGACCCGGCCUUGCUCUCCAAACCCGGAAAGAAGAGGAAGAAGUGAAGAGGUCAGAGGUCGACCAGACGCUCUUCUCAACGUCAAGGGGAAAGUUCAGUUUUAAAGUGUUAAUGUUUCCGACAGGAAGUUCUGGAGAGAAACAGGAAGUGACCUGGGAGUUCGGUCACAUGAUGUAACUCCAGGUUUUCAGUUCUUUCUUUGUUUUAUCCGUUUUUUUUCUCAUUCGAAUCUUCAAAAUAAAGGUCUUGUUUUUUUCUCA